CUUGUCUUGACUGGAGCUAUUCAGGUGGCAGACAAGGUGUCCUCGGGCAGGAGCUCCGUGGUGGUUCACUGCAGUGACGGCUGGGACCGGACGGCACAGCUGACGUCGCUGGCCAUGUUGAUGCUCGACAGCUACUACAGAACAAUCGAAGGCUUUGAAGUUCUGGUGCAAAAAGAGUGGAUAAGCUUUGGACAUAAAUUUGCAUCGAGAAUAGGCCAUGGUGAUAAAAAUCAUGCUGAUGCAGACAGAUCGCCCAUCUUUCUCCAGUUUAUUGACUGCGUGUGGCAGAUGUCUAAACAGUUUCCAACGGCCUUUGAAUUCAACGAGCAGUUCUUGAUUACAAUCCUGGAUCACUUGUACAGCUGCCGGUUUGGUACUUUCUUGUAUAACAGCGAGUCUCUUCGAGAAAAAGAGAAAGUGGCUGAGAAAACAUUAUCGUUAUGGUCUUUGAUAAACAGUGAAAAAUCGAAAUACACCAAUCCUUUUUAUACUAAAGAGCUAAAUCGAGCACUCUAUCCAGUAGCCAGUAUGCGUCACUUAGAGCUCUGGGUCAAUUACUACAUCAGGUGGAACCCAAGAAUUCGGCAACAACAGCCAAAUCCAGUGGAGCAGCGUUACAUGGAGCUCCUUGCGUUACGUGACGAUUAUAUAAGGAGACUUGAAGAACUACAGAUCACAAAUAAUUCUAAGAUAUCCAAUUCAUCAGCCUCAUCAGCAUCUCCCUCACAAAUGAUGUCCCAAGUGCAAACACAUUUUUGAAGAAAGUGUUGGCUUCGUUCUAUACUGUAAUAGCAAGCGGUGCUUAACAUAGAUCUAUAGCAUAAAGAGGAGUAUUUUAAUGCCUUACAUUAGACUGUCCUAACACAAAUUAUUUUAGACUGUCUUCAUUUGAGGAUGACUUCGAAACAAACAAAACCAACUCUUCAAUUACGUGCCUUUCCGAACUUGUGGACUGGGAACAUUAUUAAUCAACUUCUAGUUAUGGAGGGCUUUAAGAGUUAUUUUGGAAAGUCUGGUACAAUUGAAAUUGAAAUGAUUUAUUGUUUUCAUAAGAAUGCUUUAAUUUAUUACA